GGGCAGCCAUGGAAGCUUUGUGUUCGUUGCUGGGCAUGCGUUGGAGGCCGUCGAUUUUUGGUUGGGAGAUGAGCUGCAAAUCCAGCCGCAGCUUUGGCAUUGGGAGAUUUCAUUUUUUCCAAAGGCUUUCCAGAAGAGAAGGCCUCUUCCUUCUGUUCAAAGGCUUCCCAUUUCGAAUAUAUCAAUGGCAGAAGCAACAAAGAGGUAUGCGGUUGUUACUGGGGCAAACAAAGGCAUAGGAUUGGAAACUGUGAGGCAAUUGGCCUCAAAUGGAUUCACUGUAGUUUUAACUGCCAGAGAUGAGAAAAGGGGUCUUGAAGCUGCUGAGAAACUCAAAGAGUCUGGCCUCUCAGGUCAAGUGGUUUUUCAUCAACUUGAUGUGGCUAACCCUGCUACUGUUGCUUCUUUGGCAGACUUCAUCAAAACCCAGUUUGGGAAACUCGAUAUCUUGGAAAAAUGCUGCGAGAAGUGGAGCCAGAUUUGAUGGAUGCUUUAAUUCAGGCUACAAAAGACAGUGACGAAAGUAAGCUGCAAGCUUUAUCUGGUCCAGAGACAUUGAGCAUUGAUGAUAAUGAGGAGCAAGA